AUGCUGUCCGUAUAUAUUGGUGUAUAUAAGGCCAUUUAUGACUACGAUGCACAGGCAGAGGAAGAGUUGUCUAUACGCACAGACGAUUUAUUAUACUUGUUGGAAAGAUCCGAUAUCGACGAUUGGUGGAAAGUUAAGAAACGGGUCAUUGCAACAGGCGAUGAAGUUGUUGAUGAACCAUCAGGAUUGGUCCCUUCAACAUAUAUUGAAGAGGCACCAAUUCUCAAACAAGCUACUGCCUUGUACGAUUACGAUAAACAAACAGAAGAAGAGCUUACAUUUAAUGAGAAUGACGUGUUCAAUGUUUAUGAUUUGAGUGAUCCGGACUGGAUACUUGUCGGCAAUGCUAGUAAACAGGAGUUUGGUUUCGUCCCUUCUAAUUACAUUCAAAUUGGCACUGGUGACGGGGUUACACCGAGUCAACCACCUCAGCAGCUGCAACAACCAGACUCUACGCAGCACCAACCUCCACAACCACAAGCUCCAGUUGGUCACCAAAUCCCCAUUGCAAAUUUUCCACCCCCACCUACGCAUCCACAAAAGUCGGUCACACCAGAUUAUCCACCUCCAACACCGGAAAAGGACCUUCCCAAACCAUUCCCAUCUAUUGAAAAUCCACAUGGAAGAUCACAAGAGUAUAAUAUUGGUGGUCGAGGGGAACCAGAAGAGGAGGAAGAAGAGGCUCCGCCUCCAAUGCCAUCAAGACCUACAGGUCCUGCCUCAGAGCCAGUGGCCGGACCUAGCAACAACUAUGAAGAAGAGCAAGAAGUAGAUGCUCCAACGGAAAAGGAGCAUAAAUUUGAUGGGGAGUUCUUCACUUGGUAUAUCGAUGAACUCGACGGUAGGAAAAAGAGACCGAUAAAAGUAUCAGUAGGACAAGGAUUGAUAAUUAUCAAGCCUAACACGUUCAAUCCCAAGAAGUUGAGAUUAAGGUCGGCCUCCCAGAUAAACAAUCAAUGGCAAAUAAAGGAUUUGAUUAGCGUUAAUUCUGAAAAGAAGCACGUGUUCUUGGAACUCAGAAAUCCGCCAGCGGAAUUGGAAUUGCACGCAGGAUCUAAAGAUGUUGCAGACGCAAUUACCUCUAUCUUGGGAGAAAUGAAAGGUGCCGAAAGGGCUAUAGGGUUGAGGGAAGUUCAGAAAGCUUCUCAACCUAGCACGGGAGAUGCCAAUAGAAAGAUUGGUCGCUUGACUUAUGAUUUCAAAGCACAGGGCGAUGACGAACUCAAUUGCAGAGAGGGAGAUGAAGUAUACAUCAUCAAUCAAUCGAAAUCAAAUGAUUGGUGGAUGGUUGAGAAUGUCAAUACCGGAAGGCAAGGUGUUGUUCCAUCUUCAUAUAUCGAAGUGAUUAGUACAUCGAAGUUGGAUGAAUUAACGGACGGACCUGCAAGAAGAAAAUCAAUGUCUAGCUCGAAAGGUAAGGUUGUGAGUGGAAGGGACAGUCGUCAACAUCAUCAUAGAUCGAGAGAUGAACGUGAGAGGGUUAGGGAGAGGGAUAGAGCGCAUAGGGAAAAACAGAGUGCCGGCCCUCAUGACGAGAAUGACAAAUCUAUGCCCAACUUCCACCGUGUUAGAACAUGGAUUGAUAGUUCUGGUACAUUUAAAGUCGAAGCCGAGUUUUUGGGUUGUGUCGAAGGCAAGGUGCACUUGCACAAGACAAAUGGUGUCAAGAUUGCUGUUGCUGCUGAGAAAUUAUCCAUUGAAGACUUGGAGUACGUUGAAAAGAUUACUGGGUCAUCUUUGGACAAGUACAAGCAAAUUGUUUUCAAACAAAUGGAAAAAAGAGCUAGGUCAAAGAGCAAGUCUGGUGCAGUUGCAGCACAACCUGAAACCAAGAGAUCUCAAUCAGCUACUGCCGCAAUUAAUGAUACGGCACCUCCACCUCAACCCUCAAGACCUAGACCUUCUGGCCACAGUUCCAAUGGGGUUCCAGCUUAUGACUGGUUUGACUUCUUUUUGGAGUGUGGAGUUGAUGUUGGUAAUUGUCAACGUUACACACUUAAUUUUGAGCGCGAGCAAAUGGAUGAAAAUAUUUUAGAAGACAUCUCCCCAUCUUUGUUGAGGACAUUAGGAUUGAGAGAAGGUGACAUAAUUAGAGUAAUGAAGCAUUUGGAUAACAAAUACAAUAGAAAAAGGUCAGUUGAGCCAGAGCAACAGCAAACUACUGGCAGCUUGUUUAUUGACAGUAAUGGCGCUUUGAAGAACAACUCAUCUACCGAGUUGUCAAAGGUUACCAAAGAAGCUUUGCCAUCCCCUGUCAAAAAUGAAUCUUCACACCUCAACGUACCGUCAUCACAACCAGAACAAGGCGGCAAGAUUGAUGACGAUGCAUGGGCAAUGAAACCAGCUGCAAGAUCAAAUGAGAACUUACUCAAACCAUCUCCCCAACCACAAACACCACAAUAUACUGGCACUUUGUCCGACUUGGUGAAUAUCAAACCAGUAGAAAACAAAGCAGAACCUCCGCACCCACAGCAAACUCCUUCAGCACCCCCGCUUCAGCCAACAAAAACUUCUUCAGCCCCUCCACUUCAACCUACAAAGACUGCAGGAGCUGCUCCAACAACAAACAAUGGCGGUGUUUUAGUGCCUACACAACGUACUGGUGGUUUGAUUCCUGUUCAAAGAACGGGAGCAGGAUUGAGUGCCAUGCCUACUGGGGGGUUGCUUCCAGCACAGCCUACUGGGUUUAUUCCUAUAACUGCACAACCGACCGGAUUCAUUCCUAUACAAGCCACCGGAAUCCUUCAGCCGCAAUUGACUUUUGGCCUUGUAGCUAUACCAACCGGGCAGAAAACUGGUGGCGGUGGUAUGCCCCCACAAACAACUUUUGGCCAACCGCAGACAUUCCAACCAAACUUUGUACCUCUUCAAACUGGUACUGCAACGGUGCCGCAAACUUCUUUUGGUGCCCAAAACACUGGUGGCGUACCAAGCACAACAUUUGGUGCUCAAAAUACAGGAGGUUUGCCUGCGACGAGCUUUAAUCAAAAUCCAUUGGUACCAGUGCAAAGAACAGGUGGUCAAAUUACAGGUGGGUUUGUUCCGCAAUCAAAUUUUGGUAAGCAGAUAACAGGUGGCUUUAUGAAUACUAACACAGCUCCGUUUGGUCAACAACAAACAACUGGUGGCAUGGUGCCACAGACUUCAUUUGGUCAACAACAAGCAACUGGUGGCAUGAUGCCACAGACUUCAUUUGGCAACCCAAUUCCACAAUCGACUUUCAACCAAGGAAAUGGUGGAAAUUUCCAAAACUCAUUUGGCCAAGCAAACUUUGCCCAACCUCAACAAAAUACCUUCCAACAACAGCCUACUCAGUUCAACCAGUUCCAGCAACAGCCUACUCAGUUCAACCAGUUCCAGCAACAGCCUACUCAGUUCAACCAGUUCUCACAACAGCCUACUCAGUUCAACCAAUUCGGUCAACAACAGCAACCUAACAUGAAUCAAAUGACUAACAUGUUCCAAAACACUUCAAUCUCGCAACCAUUUGGUCAACAAAAUGCGUUUAGCAACUCUCAAUUUGAAGGAUUCAACUCUCAGCCAUUGCAAACGCAACCAACUGGUAUGGGCUUUGGCAAUGCGCCUUUACAGUCUCAAGCCACAGGGAAAAAAGCAAAUCUCGCAGCAGCUACUCCAGACAAUCCAUUUGGGUUUUAA